AGCAGCCUCCGGGCCCAACGUCCGCCAGUAGGAGGCAGUCUCUCAACGUGGUUGGGAAACAGUCAUUCCUGGUAGAUGACAUUGUUUCCUUAUCUGGCUCAAUUCUGUCUGCGAAGGAGGACUGUUGUUUCAAUGAAGAAAGAGCUAGCUCCACCCUUAGCUGCUGCCACAGCGGCUGUGCUCCAAAAGAAGAACAAAGAUUUUCCCUCUUCGGGACUGUACACCAUGGAUGCCUUCCAGGGACUUUUUAAAUUCUUCCUGAACCAGAAAACUGCGAUAGGCUACAGCUUCAUGGCUCUGCUCACCCUGGGCGGGGAGCGGCUCUUCUCACUAGUGGCUUUUAAGUGUCCCUGCAGCCCUGAGAACACCGUCUAUGGGCUCGCUUUCCUCUUUGCUCCCGCCUGGGUGCUCCUGAUCCUGGGGUUCUUUCUGAACAACAGGUCCUGGAGACUCUUUACCGGCUGCUGUGUGAACCCCAGGAAAAUCUUCCCCAGGGGUCACGGCUGCCGCUUCUUCUACGUCCUGGGCCAGAUCACUCUCAAUGCGCUGGUGGCUCCUGUGAUGUGGCUCUCUGUGGCUUUGCUCAACGGGACUUUUUACGAGUGUGCUAUGAGCGGGACGAAGAGCCCCAGCCUCCUGGGCCUGAUUUGUAAGGGCAAGCCCCAACAGUGCAGGGAAGAACUUUACAAGGUGUCCUGUAGGAAAACCAGCCUGACGCCCUCCGACAAUGAGGAGCUCCAGCUGUCACUGCAAGCGCAGUCUCAGAUUCUAGGCUGGUGUCUGAUUUGCUCUGCGUCUUUCUUCUCUCUGGUCUCCACUUGUUACGGUCGCUGCCGGUCUAAAGUCAGCUACCUCCAGAUGACAUUUUGGAAGACAUACGUGGAAAAGGAGAAGGAGCAGUUGGAAAAUUCAUUCCUGGAUUAUGCCAGCAAGCUGAGUAUGAGGAAUCUGAAGUGCUUUUUUGAAAACAAGAGGCCAGAAGCUUUCCCCUUGCCCUCCUUCGCGGCCUGGGAGGCUGCGUCAGAGCUAUACUCGUUCCACCAAACUCGGCAGCACUACAGCACCCUGCACAAGAUCGUGGAGGAUGGUCUGGAUCUCUGCCCCGAGGAAAGCGAGACAACCAUGGUGCUUGUGGGUACAGCCGAACACAUAUAGCUAUCUGCUAUCAGAACCAAAGCAUACGUGUGGAAUAUUGAUCGGAAAGCCUUCGAGUGCAUUAAAAGCAACCUGUAUGUUUCUGUCUUUGUAAAUUUAUUGCUUCUUUAUAAGACAACGAUACAAAGGAAACAGUGUUGACACUCCCAAAUCUAGUUCAUGGUCAACGAUGUUAACAAAGAUGCUCUUGUAUUAUUAGUUGGAGAUUGAACUCAGUGGUCCCUGAAGUCCCUUUACGUUCUUAGAUUUCAAAGUCAAGUUCUAAAACAAGACACAAGAGGAUCUGCUCUUUGCUGCAAGUGUUGGUUUUGGUAUGGGGGAGCAGAGGCUGUGUCUUCUGUGGGAGGGAGGGGCCCUUGACAUAGCCUGCCAUGCACAGUGGGGCCUGAGAGGUGACUAGCAAAGGUCUUUGUCCUGUCUA